AUGGGGUUGAUGGCGCCCCUAGUCAACAAGGGUUAUCAUCUGUAUAUGGAUAACUACUAUAACUCAGUAAGCCUAACAGAAAAAUUACGUGAAGUGGGUGUUGACACAUGUGGCACACUUAGACUCCAACGUGGCGCCCCCAAGGAUCUGCAACAACUGGUAAAGGGUAAAAUGGCAACCGACACGACCCUACACAUGCGUAAGGAUAACACCUUUGUUAUAGUUUGGAAGGACAAGCGCCCCGUCUCUGUCAUCACCAAUAUCCACAAUGCCGACACUACUGAAGUACAGCGCAGGAAACGCGUUCGCAAACGUGACGGGAGAACUGGAGUCGAAAUUGUGAAAAUGAACAAACCAAAGACCAUAGUUGAUUACAAUAAGUUCAUGAAAGGUGUUGAUCAUUUCGAUCAAAUGGUCAAGUAUUAUGAGUUUGCAAGAAAAACGCACAAAUGA